GCCUUUCCAAGCGUUUCAGUUUUUAGCCUCCACAGAACUAGUGAGGAACACUGUUUCUCUCAACAUCAACUACACAUACACUCUCCCUACCUUCCGUCUCUGGUCUGAAUUGUUAUCUGGUUCGCUGAAAGCCCUAAUUCUACGCUCAUAAUUCCAGGUCUAACUCACUCCAAAAGAUAGUUCAGAGGAGGAGUUGAAGGGAAGUAGUGCUUAAAGCCUUUAUAAGGAGCACAUUACUCCUAUCCCAAACCGAUGUAGAAUUUCCCUCACGCCCAGGACUAUACUGGAACGUGACACAUUUACGGGAGAUCCAACAUCGGUGGGAGGCUCUGAUACCAUAUUAAAUUUAUAUCAGGUCUAACUCACCCAAAAGUUAGCUCAAGGAAGAAGUGCCUAAGGCUUUUAUAAAGGGUGCAUUACCUUAUCCCAAACUGAUGUGGGAUUCAUUUACAUGGAGUAACUGAUUAGCCAAUGCUUAAUGGUGGAAUCGUUGACAUUUAGGAAUGAGUUCUGAGAGUGUAAAGGAGGACUGCUUUGCAUGGGCAGCUAGAGAUCCAUCUGGAGUUUUAUCACCAUACAAGUUCAAGCGCAGGACUACUGGGGAAGAUGAUGUUUCCCUAAAAAUCACACAUUGUGGAAUCUGCUAUGCUGAUGUUAUUUGGACUAGGAAUAAACUUGGGGAUUCAAAGUAUCCCUUGGUGCCAGGACAUGAGAUUGUUGGAAUGGUACAAGAGGCUGGACCUAAUGUUAGCCGCUUCAAGCCUGGUGACCGAGUUGGAGUAGGCACUUAUGUCAACUCAUGCAAAGAAUGCGAGUAUUGUAAUGAUAGGGAAGAAGUUCAUUGUGAAAAAGGGUCAGUUUUUACUUUUAAUGCCAUUGAUCUUGACGGUACAAUCACAAAAGGAGGAUAUUCUAGCUACAUUGUUGUCCAUGAAAGGUACUGCUUUAUGAUACCAGAUGACUAUCCAUUGGCCUUAGCAGCACCCCUGCUAUGUGCUGGAAUUACUGUUUACAAUCCCAUGAUGCGACAUGGGAUGAACCAACCUGGUAAAUCUCUAGGAGUGAUUGGGCUAGGUGGUCUUGGUCACAUGGCAGUGAAGUUUGGGAAGGCUUUUGGACUGAAAGUAACAGUUUUUAGCACAAGCAUUUCUAAGAAAGAGGAAGCCUUGGGUGUGCUUGGUGCAGACAAUUUUGUUGUCUCAUCUGACCAAGAACAGAUGAAGGCACUCUCUAAAUCACUGGACUUUAUAGUUGACACAGCUUCUGGUGAUCAUCCAUUUGACCCAUACAUGUCACUUUUGAAGACUGCUGGGGUUCUUGUUCUUGUGGGGUUCCCAAGUGAAGUCAAAUUCAGUCCAGCAUCUCUCAUUCUGGGUAUGAGAACCGUGUCUGGUAGCAUAACGGGUGGUACAAAAGUGACACAAGAAAUGCUGGACUUUUGUGCUGCUAAAAAAAUUUAUCCCGAGAUAGAAUUAAUCCCUAUUGAUUAUGCAAAUGAAGCUCUUGAAAGGGUAGUAAAGAGAGAUGUGAAGUACCGGUUUGUGAUAGAUAUAGAGAACUCCUUGAAGUGAAGAUAGAGAUGAAGGCUUAUGAUAUAAAUCUGGCAGGUAUGGGAAGUCUCUUUAUGGAAGCAAAAGGAAAUAUCUCUGCUCAAAUAAUUAAGUAAAAGGUGGUUGAUUACUAAAGGCAAUUAACCUUUGCUAGUAGCGUGUCUGGAGGGAAAUUGGUUAAUGUAAGGUCAUGGUGAUCAAGUGUUGGGCAUCAAAUAUUCAAAUAAGUACUUUCUAAAUUAUUUGCCAAUGGGAUGAUGAAAUCAAACGAAAUCGGCAAAGCUGAGAUGGCUCUGUCUGUUUGUCCGGGUGGUGACAUGUAUUCAUGCAUGCUUGCAUUCUGGUAUUUUUUUUUUUUUUUUUAAUAUUAUUCUGUUGUUGGGGUACUAGAAAUUAGGUGGGAUGACAAAUUCCGCUAUAAUAUAUGGUAAUUUGUCCAA